CCCUACCUCUGUCAGAAAGUUGACUUUGCCAACAACGUGCAGCUGUCUCUGACUCUGGCGGCGCUCUCCAUCGGACUGUGGUGGACUUUUGACCGCUCCCGCAGUGGCUUUGGCCUGGGGGUCAGUAUCGCCCUGUUGGCUACGCUGGCCACACAAGUCCUGGUUUAUAAUGGAGUCUUUCAGUAUACUUCUCCAGACUUCCUGUAUAUUCGCUCCUGGUUACCGUGCAUCUUCUUCGCGGGGGUGAUAACCAUGGGAAACAUAGGGAGGCAGCUAGCCUUGUAUGAAUACAAAUUCAUUCAGGAAAAGACCCAUCAGGACUGAGGGAUCUCUCCAGGCCCUUGUUAUUGCAGCAGUCUGAAGCCAGAGGCAGUUAUCAGAGAACAUCUUCAUGCAGCAUACGCACAGUUGAGGUGUGUCCAACGAGACCUGAGCUCCUGAUUGGCUGCCUGCUGCUUUCCAAUGGAAAUGACAGUAUUUUUGAUUGGCUCUUGUCAGGUCAUUCAGAGCUCCGGUGGCUUCUAACUGAGCUGAGACAAACAAUGAGGGCGGACUUUGUUGUGUUUGUGUUGCUGUUUAUCUCUACGUACCUGCGGGGGAUUAGCAGCAAAGCAUCUAUCGUUCUUUAGAUCAGCUUUGUUGUGCCAAACAGUCACACAGGAUCAGUUUUAAAGUCUGCUCUUAUCACCAGUCUUUCACAGCCUUCAUGUAUCAGUGGAGAACACACAGCCUAGUUAAAUUGCAUCUGAAAAGAUAUGCAUCUAUAAACCUGACUGUUUACUGUAUGUGAUGACCUGACAUUUUCUUGAGUUCUUGUGUUUUGCAUCAAUCUUGAUACAGGGUACUUAUUAUAUGUUGUACUUUGGAUUCCUAAAGCUUUUAGUCUACUAACCCAUCAUCCAAGGGUAGUUUUCACUAUAAGUAAAAAAUAAUCUUUGGACGGACACUAUAAUUUACAGUUUUUUUACUAUGUUCAAUCUGAAUUUUCUUUAAAAUAAAAAACAUCUAUAUUGA